UGUUGGCCAACAAAAACCUUUCUCUUGACAAGUCACCUUAAAACACAUUGUACGUGCAGACUGCUGCAGUAAACAGGACCAAACUGAAUGUGAAUUAAGUGAAUGUGUUGCCACUCUUUGUGGCAAAACUCUCUUAAGAGUUUUUAUUUUGGUUUAAUUGCACACACCGAACAUUUAGACAACUUCCGCCUUGGAUAGGGGGUUGCUAUAUUCCUCCCCAUUAAAUUAAGCAACAAUUAAAUCAGAAAAGAAACUGGAACUUGGAUAUUCAACUGACCAAGAGUCCAUGAUAGUUUUGCACAAAAACGGCCAAUCAUCCAAAUAAGCCGAAACAUCAACCUGAUCAAUGGCUAUCAUUUAAAUAGCCCCAUGCUUGAAUAGCGUGGAGCUGCGGCGAGAGCCUGCUAUUAUAAUGUUCUUAUUUCAAAGGAGAAUUUUAUUUUCCUCUGCGUAAUUUACGGUCUAUUUUUCCCCGUGUAACUUCAUAGUCGGCCAACCCUUUCCCCCCCCGUCUUCUUCCCAGACUUUUUUCCUUUUUCUUUCUUUUUUUUUCCCAUGUAGGCGAAUAUACGGGCCGGCGCUGCAAUUUCGGAAUCUGCCCUUGUAUAUGGCGGACGAAAUUUCCACAGGAGGAACCGCAACACAAACCCCCCCGUGCAAGGCAGAAAACGGAGAGCUUGCAUGGACUGAGUAAACCUCGGCAAAUUCAUGAUUCACUACGCCAUUACUCCUUCUAAAAUGUAACGUAGCGUGUCACGGGAGGGGAAAAAAAAAGAGAGGUUGUGGUGAAAAUUUUUUUUUACAUUUGGAAUUUCUCAUAACUAAUUCACAAUUUUUUUGAGGAAGCAGUUGUGCAGUCACCUCUGGUCGGGGUGGGAAGAUUUCUGGAGCGGCAGCCUGGUUCGCAUGAGCCGCAUCGUUUUUGGAGAAGCACAGGCUCAGAGGAGGUGGAGUCAUGAGUGCACAAGAGGCACCCAAUCCUGGAAAGGAGCAGACGGAUGGUGGGAGUGCAGCCACAGAUGGCCCCUCACCAACCUUAGCCCCAAAAUCCAAGAGUACAAGCCCACCACCUGUCACAAUAAAGAAAGAGCCUGGGACCUCUGAGACGAGUAACGGGAAAGUGGGUGAUGCCAACCCUGCCGAGAUCUGUGUUGUCAUUGGAGGAAAUGAUGGAGGAGCAAGUGGAGGUGGAUCCCGUAGAGCUCAGUCCGAGGGUAUGUUUGCCCUUGGUACUCCUCCUCCAACGAAGAGCACAGACUCAUGCAUAGGUUCCUACGUAUGUGGGGUAUGUGGGAAGAAGUACAAAUAUUAUAACUGCUUUCAGACACACGUCCGCGCACACAGAGAAUCCGAGAGCAUGGUUGGAGAUGGUCUACCCCCGGCACACAACAGUAGCUUCCGUUACUCCUGUGACAUUUGUGGCAAGAAAUACAAAUACUACAGCUGCUUCCAGGAGCAUCGUGACCUGCAUGCAGUUGAUGAUCCAUACGAACAGGUAGUCUUACCUGUGGAUGGCCUUAAAGAGGAGGAGCCAGUUGAACCCUACCAGAAAAUAGGACCAAGGGAAAAAGCACUCGCCCACCUCAGCAGAGACCGCAGGUUCAACCGACGGCAGCGUGUGUCCCUUCAAACACAAUUGGCAGUGUUCGCAGAAACCGGGAGCUAUGUUUGUGAGUUCUGUGGGAAGCAGUACAAAUAUUUCAACCCGUACCAGGAGCACGUAGCUCUUCACACACCAAUGGGCUCCUUUGAUAUGAAGGCAUCACGGGCACAAGAAUGUGGUGGUAUGGAUAUGACUAAAUAUAGUCACAGCCAAACUAGUAAGAUAAAAAAUACUCCAUUCAGGCGGAAACUGGAAAGUGCAAUUCAGUCCAGCCUGGUUGACACAAACAGCUCGCAGAAUUCGAGCGGCACUGCGAGCCCUCUGGUGGCCACUUCCUUCUCUACAACCCAGAAACCCUACACAUGUGGUGCCUGUGGCAUCCAGUUCCAGUUCUACAACAACCUGCUGGAGCACAUGCAGUCCCAUGCUGCGGACAAUGAGAACCACACCAAAGGGGACUCUCCCAAAACCUCCUCUGCCUCCGGUCCUCAAGAGCAGUUGUGGAGAGGUUCUCAGGCUCAGGCUCAGGCUCAGGCCCAGGCCCAGGCUCAGGCUCAGGCUCAGGCCCAGGCCCAGGUUCAGGCCCAUUCCUCAGUUAAACUACAAAUCCAGCCUCAAAAUAUAAGAAACCACACUCUCAGCCAGAGUAAUGGACUACCUGAGAAGGAGCGACAGCAGGUGGCUGAGCGCCUCUUACGGGUAAUGUGUUCAGAUCUGAGCAUGCUAAAUGUGCUCAACAGCAAGGACUUUCUAAAGUUGGCACAGACCCUAGUGGAUACGGGUGCUCGUCAUGGUGCCUACUCCACCCGCGAUGCUUUUGGCAACAUGAGUGCCUUGGCACUGCGCCAGCUGCCCCGCAUGUACAACCAAGUCAAAGUCAAAGUCACGUGUGCUCUAGGCUCCAAUGCUUCACUUGGCAUCGCUGUAACGUGCCACUCCCAGACCUCAGGCCCGGAUGCUUGCUAUGUCCUAACAGCCUACCAAGUGGAAGGGUCAAGACUGAAGCGCUACGUCCUCGGCGUAAGGGAGGCUGAGCUGAGGGAAGGGCCUGAGCAGGUUCACCACUGGGUGCAAAAUGUUCUGUCUGAGUUUGUGAUGUCAGACAUUCGCACCGUGUAUGUUUCGGAGCCCAGAGUUUGGGCAGCAGGGUUUUCAGGAUCACCACUUGGUGGUGGCAGCAGCCGUGGCAGGAUAUGCUUGCGAUGCGCAGGAUGUUCUCUCGGUGCAGUUGUCCAGGCUGUUCUUGGGAAGCGCAGCCUCCAAGCUCGAGGUCUUCAUGAGUUGGCUGAGCUUCUGUCAACGUGCCGAGACAUCGCUUCCUCCUCCACGCUGGCCCUUCGUGAGGAUCAGUGCACUAACACAUCCACAAGCACAACCGAGGAAGGUACACAGGGCAGCCCCGCACAGUGCCCUACCCCUCCUUGCUGGGAUCGUAUCGCAGAAGCUCUUCUGCAGGUUCAUGCUCACUUUGAACAGAUUUGUGAGGCUUAUGGACGCAGUAAGUCCACUGCUCCACUCCUCCAGGGUCUCAACAAGCAUCUGCUAGGGACGCUGGCUUGUCUCUUGGCACCUCUGCGCUUAGCUGCACUGGAGCUAAGUAGCCAGAGGAGACCAACCUUACAACAGGUGCUGCCCGUUUACCUGCGCUUGGAGAAGUUUUUCACAUCCAAAGCUGGAGAGGCUGGAACUGGCACGGCUAGCAAACUCUGCCACUACUUCUUAGAAGCACUUAAGGAAAACUUCAAGGUUGAACGAGCCCACCAGGUAGCCAUGGUCCUGGACCCACAACUCAAGCUUCGUUCCGUGCCAGCCUACCAGCACGAAGACAUCAUCUCUCGUGCAUGUGAAAUGGCUGCUGAAACCCGGGACGGAGGUAUGACGGGUGGCGGUGGCUCAGGCGGCGAAGAGCGGGACACUGAUGGUCCACCAACUCCAAAAAUAAGCCGCAUAGAGGGAGGGGGAAACAAUGGUAAUACCUCAAGGGGGACCUCCUCAUCUUGCACAGUGUCUGGUAAUGAUGAGAGUCAGAGCCAAGUUAGACAAGAGAUUUUUCAGUACCUGGCUGAGCCUCUUCUCCAAGGCACACCUGACCUCUUCCAGUACUGGAGCUCAGCAGUGGGUGAGAAGUUCCCCAGGCUUGCUCGCCUGGCACUGUGGCUCCUUGCUGUGCCUGCUGUGGGCAUACGCAGCGAGUGUGUGACUGUGUGCGAGCAGAGCCUGACUAUGAAGAGGAGGCAGCAGGUAACCGCCGAGGAGAUGAACAAACUCAUUUUCCUUCGCGCCAACAUGGGCUAGGCGAGAAACCUGAUCAAUCCUAACCAACCAAACAGUCACCUCCAACCAAUGACUUAAGACAAUUAUUUAUAUACUGUAUGUUUAGAUCAACUGUAAACUUAAAUGUGUAUGGACAUUAAAUACUUCUCAAGACAGAUAUUUACAGGUAACUCACAUUGUACAGGUUGCAGUGCCCACAAAACAAAACGGUUUGUUACGUAUUUGAUACAGAGAAAGUACUGUGGACAAAAUGUACUGGUGGAACGAUAACUCUCAAAAGGCAGUCCUGUUUUGGUACGCCACCCUCGGUAUGGGAUGCACACAUUAGCAGGAUGAAUUUCAGUCUUAUCACAUGCAGUGGUUUGAAUUAUUCCAGCCUAAUGACCAAACUGCUACAAGGCUAUAAUGCUGUUAUUUUCACUUUAUGGCAACAUUUUCAGGUAAAGUCAGCUUUCACUGCUUGAAAGUACUGUCACAGACCUCUGAAAAGAAUCUUACUAGAUUAUCAGAGGUGUCCAAGAGAUAUAUUUCAUUUCAUUUUAUUGUUAUUACCAUGCAGGAAAAGAUUAAAAGUAACCUUAAAUACGUUUAAAUGUGUUAAACAUUUAAACAGUUUGACUCAGUUAAAACAGUUUUACAGCAGGUUCCUGUUAUAGCAGUAAGUAGCAUGUACAAUACAUGUACAGUUGAAGAAUGAUCAUUUCCUUUGGUGUGACAUGAAAUUCAAGUGGUGAAUCCUCACUGCAGUCGCACCUCUGACAAAUAAUUGUACCAGGUUUAUGAUUUACUGUUAUGUAUCACUGCAAAUUAUAUUUUUCAUCAUAUUCAGCCAUGGAUGGUUAGGUUAACUGAGAACUAAAUCUCUGCAGCUAAUUUGAUGGUUGCUUCAGUGGCCUAAAAAUGUAGCUCUGGAUCAUUUCCAAGCUGCAUGCAUUUUUCAUUCAAAACAGUAGAAAGCAGCUAAUUAAACAUUAAUGGCGGUAUGAUGCUUUCCUUUUUGUUUAUGUUAAAAACUGUGGAAAAAAAGUCAUCCAACGGUUUGUUUUCUUUCUUAAAUUAACUCAAGAGGUCUUAUGCUGCUAGAUAUGCAAGUCAAAUGGCUAGAUUUGCACGGAAGGGCCAGUAUCAAGUUAACUUGAAUAAAAUCAAACUUUGGUUGAGUUUUUUUACAUACACAAAGAGGAUUGCAUCAUAUUAGUACCUGUUUGUGGUCAGCCUACACUGAUUUCCCUCACCCUCACUAUACUGUAGCUGGAUUGCACCAACAGGAAACUAAAACAUUUUGGAUCAAUAAAUCUUAUAUUAUCCUUUAAUACUUGAUGAUACAAUCCAUGUUGUAUAUCAGUAACUACACAAUAGUGAUAUCUAGGGUCCAUUUUGUCUGGAUUGACACUUUUGAUAGUGCUGGUUAUUCAGAAAUGUCAGUCACCUCUACAGUUCAGCUAGUUGCCCUCAGAUGAACAGCAGUAGUGUUAUUAGCUGCCUGUUUAGUAAGCUCAUAGGAAAGGAUUUAAUUCAGAAUUGCAGAAAUCCUUGCAUUGCCCACUGUGUGUCAGUGUUUGUAUUUUUUUAAAAGCCUUUUUAGUAAAGACUUGUUCAUAGGAAAGUUAAUAUUAUUUAAUUUAUUCUUCCCUCAUUUGUCAGUCUAAUAUAAACAUUGUCUUCCAUUUUUACGGCAAUAAGCUUUACCACAGGGCAUAGUUUCUGACUUUAUCUGCUUAAAAUGACUGUUCUCCUACAGUUAAUUAUAAAUGGUAAAUUAUUUUCUGUUUGUGUAAUACACAUAAUUUUCUCAGGAAUGAGCGCACCCACGCAGGCACCGCCACUUUUUUCCUCACUGUACCGAAAACGCACCAAACUGUGACCUCAAUGCCAGGGUAUGUCCUGAACUGUGACUGUUGUGAAACGUUCCACCCCAAGUACAUUUAGUGCCAUUUGCAACAAACGAAAUGAAAAUAAAAAGGAUCACUGAGGGUUUAUUUGUUUCAGGAUGAAGCUGAUUCUGCCAGUACAUUCACUAAAGUCAAUACAUGCAUACUAAUGAAGUCAAGUUAUUUAUUUUUUUAUGGAUUCUAGUAUACACUUACCCGAGUUGAUACCUCCUAAAAUGACUUGGAUGAAUGGAAGUUAUACUGUAAAUUUGUUUGUUGCCUUUGGUACUUUUCAGUCAUCUCUGUUUUUGGGCCUUAAUUUUCUUUCAUGUUAACCACGUUAAACCCUACAGUCAGAGACAAUGUCAUGCCUUUUUUAUUGCUGUCGAAUGCCUUCCUUUCACCAUCUUUUCUAAAGUUUGCAGUUGCUUUUCUUUAUUCACUAAUGUAGAUUCAAAGGGACCUAUGGCUGAUGGUUGGAAACAGUGUCCUCUAGUGGUCAAAUAUGGACCACUUAAAAUUACGGCCAACUGUGGUAUUUGACAAGUGCUUUAUUCCGAAGUUUUAAAAAUGUUUAACUAAGUGAGCGUGCACAUUUUUUGGAGUCAUCCCUUUGUUCAUAAAACAAGUGAAGAAUUAAGUCUGAACUGAAAAUUACUGAUUAAAAUCACUAAUUAUCGAUUCAAAUCAAUAAACCCUAACCUGACAUUGCAUCAUCUACAUAUAGCUGAAUAUAUAAUCCCUUUAGCCACAAAAAAACAAAAAAACACCUCUUUUGUCAUAUUUUCUCCCCAGUACAAUUUUAGAUACAUGUAAAUUAUACUUCUGGUUACCCAACACUCAAGUCAGUCUCCUGUUCAUUUCAUUUGAUGUUCAUGCACAGUUAGCUGGACUUCCUAUAAGUGGAAUGCAGCAAUUAUUAAUACACGAGUAAGCUCCCUGUUAUGACAUAUAACCUUUCUGCUGUACAACCUGUCCAUUGAAGCCUCUAUGAUGGAGAAGUUCCAGCAUCCACUUCCUGUUUCCAGCUUUCACGUCACAGAUGUGCACAGACGGCCAGUAGAAGUACUAAUGAACUGUACUUGGAAAUAUAGAAGUCAUUAUUGCAUCCCUGUGGCAUUCACAUUAACAUAAUGUUAAUGUGACUGUACCUUUUAGGUUGUUGGGACAGAGGAAGUAGAAAGUUGGCGCACUGCACAUAGGAAAUGUUAGGGCAUCUGAGUGAGUGGUCACACACUAUGUGAGAUGUUUUUUAUACUCCUUACCUCCAGUAGCAUCUUGAUUUACUGCUUUCAUGAAUGCUUUUCUCUCCUGGAAGUUAAUUUAUCACCAGGCUGAAAAACUCUACUGCCCACUCCGGUUGAAGGCCUUAAGCCUGUUUAACCACACCCAGCAUCACUGAUGCGUGUGCUCAGAAAUGUGUUCUGUUGUACCUGCAAGCACACAAAAUAUUGAUGUCUGGGCUCCUGCAGUACACCUGUGAAUCACUGCAGCCAGCUGAUAAGUUAAACCACAGGAGGUCAGCAAAAACCAUUUCAGGGGAUGUUAAGUUGCAAUAUAAUGAUUUCUUUUAUAUCUGGGUUGAUCCAACUUCAUAAAAUCUGUUUUUCCUCUCAAAGAUUGAAUUCAGUAUGACCAAACGUACAUAUAUAUUUUUUUCAUUCCUGAAAUCAACACUUUCUGCUGUUUUCAAACUGAUUUAUGUUACUCACUUAUAUUUUGGUUAAAUUGCUGUAAAUUAUAUUUAAGAUUGACUUUUCUAAGAACCAAUCCAGUGUUUUACCUCAGUACUCAGAAGGUAAUGUAAUUCAAAAAUUGGAGAUGAGUCGAUAAUAUUUAGCCUUGAUCAGGAUAUAGUCAAAAUACUGUACAAUGGCUUGCAGUUUUAGCAGUGAUCCCCAACAGAACUGAUGAAGGGAUUUUUCUAACAGUUUUUAAAUAAGUGUUUUAAAUAGAAUAUACUCUGGGACAAAAUGCCAUUGUUGACGUAAUGAUGUCAACUUGAUUUUACUUAGAAAUAGCAUUCUUUUUGUUGAUUAAAUGAGAAUUAUAUCUAAGAUAUGCAUGCUUUUCAUAAGAGUGCUUAUAUAUACAUAUAUGUGUGUAUAUAUAUAUACAUAUAUAUAUACACAUAAAAAAGUUAGAGCCAACACAAUUCACUUGCAUCCGAUGACAAACACUGGCUUAUGAGUAGACGUUAUCUUAAGACACUAUUAAGAGUCAGAUAAGCAACCUGGACUGAAUUUGAACCUUUCAAGGUGGGAGUAGCGAUGCUGAUUAUGGAUUGGUGUUUAUGGUUUGACAUCAUCCAUUUUCAGAGGAUAUGUUAUGUAAAUACAAGAGAACUGCUGUUUUUAUGCCACAAGGGGGAGCCUUCAUUUCAGAGAUACAGUAGGGAACACCAAUAACAUUAUACCUCUAUUUUCUACAGUAGCAUUUCAAAAGGUUUUGAUAUAAUAGAAAACUCAACUUAGAUACUGUUAUUAGACAAUUGAAAUCCGCUGUAAGUUUUAUUUUGUUUCAGGAUUUUAACUUAUUCAGAUAAUAAUUGUAAAAUAUGGUAUAAGAAUGCUAACAUGGAGCUCUGUUCUGUUCAACUAUGGAUUAUAGUCUGUAUUAUCAAUUCAGGUUAAGAAACUAGUGUUGCUCUCAUCCUAUUUUACAGGCAUUACUUCCUUUUAUACUCUGCUAAAAUGCAAAAAAUGUGUUUGAUUCUGUUGUUUUUUAUCGCACUUUGGCAGCAGAUUCCUGUGUAGCUUUAGAUCUGAGUUGUCUUAUUAGUAGGCCUAAUUUAUACUUUUGUAGCAACACUAUUUUUAUAUAAUGGCAAAGAAAGGGUUCAGUGUCUUUUUGUUUUGUUUUUCCUGUGUCAUAUGUGGCAGCGCUGUUCAAUGUUUCUUGAAUACAUUAUCCACUGUAGUAUGUGAUGUGUGAAUAAACUCCAAAUCUGGUGUAUGUGCAGUUA